UCAUUUACGAUUGAAGCGUUAAUGUACGUUAAUGCAUAAUAAAUAAUAACACCGCGUGUCCUUUAUUGAAACGUUAUGGAAACAUAAGAAAUACACACAGGCUAAAUAUUUGUUUGUAACGGCUCGAGUGCACAAUAACAAUGUUAUGCAGGAGUAUUAAAAAAAUUGCAUCUACGCAGUAGUAACAACAGCAUCACGCAUAUUUUAGACAGUGUAUUCUAAAGCUAUUAAUAAACCUGACAGUGACAACAAACGGGAUUGUUUACAGGUCAAAAAGUUUAAGGUUAAACAUUCAGUGUUUGUGUGUCACAGUGUUUUGGAUGGAAUAGGGAUAGUUAUGCAUGGAUAUGUACAGAUCAAAUUAUUAUUUUAUUAAAUUAAUUAGCGACAAACACGUUUUCAAAUAAAAAUGGCAUGGGCUUGGCUACUAGAUGCCUAUCUUACACGUUUACGUAAGCUGUUCCACUCUUUUUUAAAAGUGCAGUAAAGCGAGUAUCCUGUUUUACUUAAGAAGACAGUGUCAGGUUUUCUUACAUGUAAAAAAUCCCCUCCUGAUGGGGAUUCCCCUUUUUGGCCGGGAGAUACUGUCAACACACCAGCAAGAUGAAUCGCCUCGGUGGUUCCGAGCUGCCCGGUUCGAGCAUCUCUGGUGGCGCGAGGACGGGAACGUUGCACGAGACCCAGCAUUUCCGCUGGAACACUGCCGACGUCCUCGGCAAAGGGGCCACAGCAACCGUCUUCUACGGCCGAAACAAGGACACGGGUGACGUGUGCGCUAUCAAGGUCUUCUAUGAGCGUAUCUCGCGGCACAUCCCUUCCACGAGGCAUCGAGAAAUCGACUCCAUGCGGAGGCUGCAACACGACAACAUCGUCAAGCUGAUCGACUUGGAAAAAGAGACGGACUCAAACACCGAGGUUCUUGUAAUGGAAUAUUGCGCGGGCGGGUCACUGUACUCGAUGCUCGAGCAGCCGCAGUACGCAUUCGGUUUCCCGGAAUCAGAGUUUCGUCUGUUCCUUAAACAUAUCGCGAACGGAAUUCGUUACUUACGACAGUCUGGUUACAUUCAUCGGGACAUCAAACCUGGCAAUAUUAUGCGGUACAUUGGCGAUGACGGCAGUUCUUUGUACAAAUUGACCGACUUUGGGGCUGCUCGUGAGCUUCAGGAAGAUGAAACAUUUACCUCAAUAUACGGAACUGAAGAAUAUCUGUAUCCGAGAAUGUACGAGCAAGCCGUGUUGCGGCGGCCCGGACAGCAGGACUUCGACGCCUCCGUUGACCUCUGGAGUCUCGGGGUCACUUUGUACCACGUGAGCACCGGCAUGCUGCCCUUCCAGCCCUUCGGGGGCCGCAGCAAUUCGGAGACUAUGCACAAGAUCACGUCACAGAAACCGGAAGGAGCGUUAUCCGGUGUCCAGAUAAGUCCAAAUGGCGACAUCAAGUGGAGUAACUCACUGCCAGACACGUGUUAUCUCUCAAAGUCGCUGAAAGCAUUAUUGGAACCGAUGUUGGCGGGAUUAAUGGAGCUAAACAUGAAAAAGAUGUGGACUUUUGAGCGCUUCUUUGCCACGGUGGAGAAACUUGCCUUCUCGGUGCAACUGCAGAUGUUUUCUUGUUGCACUGGCGAACUCAUGGUCUUGUAUGUGGGACCAGAAGACACACACCCUUACCUACAGGAAAAAAUCGCCGAACUGACGGAAAUUCCGGCCAGUAGCCAACUGAUUCUCUGGCACGACUCAGAACUUAAAGACGUCAUAGACGAGACAUCACCAAUGCGUUCAUAUCCGGCUUGCAUACGGAAAACACGUCUGUACUUAAUGAACUCGUCCUGUAUGGGGACCGGCAGUCCGUAUAUGGUAGUUGUCCCUCCAUUUCCGGAAAUCAGUAAGUUUGACAACUUGGAUCUCGACUGCCAGUCGGCAAAGAAGGCGUGUGGAAUUGCCCAUGUUUUGAACUACGCCGUUUGCCAGUAUUUAUCACAACAGAAGAACCUUUUAAAGGGUGAAACAAAUUUCAGGAGGUAUUUAAAACGAAUCGUAAAACAUUCCGAAUUGGUAGUGCCCGAAAUGAGGGCAACUCUUGAACAGACACGCAUGCGCAGGGAAAGCUUCUCGGCAGCUUUUACUUUGCUGUUGAAUUUAUUUACAAUUCUAGACACAAGCCUUAAUGUCGAGGAGUUAGUAACUACCGUGUUGGGUGUGAAGACCCAACUGAACGAGCCGCUUCGACAGCUUUCCGAGUGUUUAAAAGAUCGAAGUUUUGAAGAGUUCUUUGAAAAGAUAAACUCAAGGUUGUCUGAGAUCGAGGCAUAUGUGGAUGCCCUCAGCAAGCGCAUGCGCGAGCAAGAGCGUUCCAGACGGUUUUGUACGAGCGGUUGUUCCGAGGAGGAUCGGUGCCUGACGAAAGCAGAAUCUUUUAAACAGAAACUUCAGUCCGUAUAUUCGCUUAUGACAAGACACAAACAGUACGGCGAUCUUCAUCCUCACGAAAAGUUUAUUCAUUAUUGUGAAAAACAAAAGCAGCAUAGUAUCGGGGUACUUAUGGCUUCGUUGGUGAGUCAGCAUUGUCGACACAAUCUCAACACCACUUUUAGCGAUUCUCAAAAGGAAUUCGGCAACCUCACGAAACAUUUGACCCGAACCAAGAAGGUGGAGCUGAACAUCUGCUCUGUAAAGGACAGCCUCCAAACCUUGAGCAGCAAACUAUCCGAGAAAGAAGGAAAGUGCCGCCACAUUGUUGAGAGAGUCAUAUCUAUCGUGAGAUCCUCUCUGUCAAAUAGGAAGCCCAGCGUGGGGACAUUAAUAUCGCUUAGGAAUGAGGAGGGGUAUAUAAGCCGAUCUGGCGCGGGUCCUUCAAGCAGUUACGAACCAGAACACUCGCCUCGUGCGAAGAAACAACGAACAGACAUACUGGAUCGCCUGACAUCAGAAUUAAGAUCCUUACAAUCCGACAGCGAAGAAUUGAAAUCCCUAGUGGAAGAAAGUUCCGAAGUGAUGAAGCAGUUUCUAACUGAGACGUCUAACCUUCGGAUCGAAGGCUCCUUAGAUAGCAGCCUCCUGCCGGGCGACAGUUAGCGAGAUAGUCCAGGACAAUGAAUGUGUUCCUGCAAAUGCAAGGGCAGAUAAUAAAAGGGCUGUGCAUAUGAAUAGACUGUGCAUCGGGUUUCGCCUUUUGUAUUUUGCAGGUUCGCGUUCGUUGGUGAAUUAUGUUUCAGACGACCAUUACAAGAGACUUUUUUGCAUAUUUUGAUAAUGUGUUUAUUUAUAUAACCCAACGUUUCGUCUUGGAAACGUGCCGUUUCGUCUACGAAACAUAACGUUUGGUCUACGAUACGUUGCAAUAUAUGUGCGUUACGUAAUUAUUAUGCUAAACUUCAUAUUGCGUUUAACUAAGUAUGUCUUACUAAAAUUCGAAGAAUAGUGUGCAUUACUUACUAUCUUUUAACAUUCGUUAUUUUGCAUGUAGCUUUUGUUUAACUAUAGGCGUAUAUGAAUUUAUGUCGUGAAAGAUAUUAGAAAUUAAUACAAUUUACAAGACCAUUUUCCAUAGAAAACGAUGAAAGAUGUGAAUUAAGAUCUUAAUAUGAUCCCAUGAAAACAGUGUAUGAAAAGAACUUUAUUUACGGACUACUGCAAUCCAUAACAACUUACGUUUUUUCGUGCUUGCUGUGAUAUUUUGUAUGGUGUUAUUGCAGUUGUGUGUAUCGUAUAGUUUGAUCAAUUUAUUGAUUUCACACCGUGUGCAUUUAUCAAGCAUUGUUUUUGAAAGGGACUUUUAAGAUCGUUCUAUGGUCCGAGGUAACAAGGUCAACUAUGAUAUCUUUAUUGUGAUCAUCUUUUUAUUGGUCCAAAAUAAAUAUGUUUAUUAUUUUCUGGUUCAAAACUCACUCUGAGUUCUAUAUUUAUACAUAAACAAUUGUUUAAAUUCGUUUUUACGAUGGGUGAAUGCAAAAAUAAAUACAUAUGAGUAUU